UUGUUGCAGGUUCAUUGAAAAAGACACCAUCUGUAAGCCAUGAGUACAAAGCAAGGAGCUUCAACAAAGAUUCAGAGCAAACAUUCCACUAACAUGUCUCAGCUCAGAGCUUCCUCUAAAGCAAAGGAGUCUCAAUCUCCAACUCAAAGACCCUCCAGAGCAAAAUCUGUGACUCCAGAUGUGAAUCAUAGCAGUGAUUCCAGGAGUGUUAGGAGGGCUCUCUUGCAAAACAAGCCUAAAUCUGGAGAAUUGGUGUUGGGAUCUCAGAAAAGUAAGGAUUUUGAGGAGUUUAAAGUUGUGGGUAGUAGUAGAAAGCCCCAAGUUGUUGAGCAAUUUGCUAAGCCAAGAAGGCAGAGGCCUGUUGUGGAGGCCAAUUGUAAGAGAAAUGAAGAUGACCCACAUAGGAAUAUGAAGGAAAUGCAGGAAAAGAUCGAAAUGAGUGAGAGUAUGAUCAUGAAAUUGCAGGCUGAGGUUUUGGGAUUGAAGGUAGAGUUGGACAAGGAACAUGGAUUGAAUUUGGAGCUGCAGGCAAAGAAUAAAAAGCUUAGUGAGAAUCUUACUGCCGCUGAAGCAAAGAUUGCAGCUUUAACCACUCCUCAACAGAGAGAGUCAAAUGGUUACCAGAGUCCUAAAUUCAAAGACCUGCAGAAACUCAUUGCCAACAAAUUAGAAUGCUCAGUAGUAAAGAAAGAGGCAUUGAAUGAACCAAGUCCUAUUAAAGCAGCAUCACCUCCACCACCACCACCACCACCACCACCACCACCACCUGUAAUUCCUAGAGUUGCAGCUACCUUUUCACCACCUCCACCUCCUCCACCGCCAUCACUCCUGCCGCCACCACCACCUCCACCUCAGCCCUCAGUGAGGGUGUCAACCACUCAGAAGGCUCCAGAGCUUGUACAGAUCUAUCACUCAUUGAGAAAGCGAGAGGUGAAGAGGGACUCUCCAGAAUCUAGAAGCCAUCAGAAACCAGGAGCUAUUAGUGCACAUAAUAGCAUAGUUGGUGAAAUUCAAAAUCGAUCAGCACAUCUGAUUGCCAUUAAAGCAGAUGUUGAAACAAAAGGAGAGUUCAUCAAUGGCCUCAUCCAGAAGGUUCUGGCUGCUGCCUAUAAAGAUAUUGAGGACGUUCUGAAAUUUGUGGAUUGGCUUGAUGGAGAACUUGCAUCUUUGGCUGAUGAACGUGCUGUAUUAAAGCACUUUAAGUGGCCGGAGAGAAAAGCUGAUGCCAUGCGAGAAGCUGCAAUAGAAUAUCGUGACCUUAAAUUGUUGGAAAGUGAAAUUUCUUCUUAUAAGGAUGACACCACCAUUCAAUGUGCAGCUGCCUUGAAGAAGAUGGCUGGCUUAUUAGACAAGUCGGAGCGAAGCAUUCAAAGAUUAGUCAAAAUGAGAAAUUCAGUUAUGCGUUCUUAUCAAGAAUGCAAAAUUCCAACUGACUGGAUGCUUGAUUCAGGGAUUGGGAGUAAGAUAAAGCAGGCUUCCAUAAAUUUGGCUAAAAUUUACAUGAAGAGGGUUACAUCGGAGCUUGAAUCCGUUCGGUAUUCAGAUAGAGAAUCAAGUCAAGAAUCUCUUCUGGUUCAAGGUGUAAAUUUUGCAUACAGGGCACACCAGUUUGCUGGAGGUCUUGACUCUGAAACAUUAUGCGCUUUUGAAGAGAUAAGACAGCGAGUACCAAGACAUUUAGGAGGUUCGCAAGAGCUAUUGGCCGGCAUAGCAUCAUCCUAACAAGCUACAAUCAGAGACUUCUUGCUGCCACUUUUAGGCGCUUAAAGAAAACUAAGUGCUUUAUUCAUCUAAUUUUCCAUUCCUUUCAGUGCAUCUGUCGCGUUUGCAAGAGCCUCAUCUCCCAACUGGAAGCAAAGCACGCAGAAUCUCGCUUUAAAACUGUACCAGUUGGGCGAACGAAUUAAGUGGCUUCUUCACCACCAAUUAAAGCUCCUACUGUCAACUAGCGGUUGCUGUAAAGGAUGGUAUAUUAAUUAUACUUAGAGUAAACCAAUGUUCACACUGUAUUUAAUUUUCUUAUGUAAUAAGACAGUACAACCGAUUGUGCUAGUCCAACUAGUUCUACGGCGCAUUGAAUAAAAUCCUUGCUCAACUGCCUUGGUUCAUAGGUACCUUUCUUGUAAAUGUAAUUUAACUUCAGCAGCACGUUACAAAAGCUUCAGUCAUUCCUGGC